AUGAAGCUGUCAUAUCAGAUGAGGGCGAAAAGAAAGUCAUGCGAGGAUUUAUUCAGUAGUGCUUUUGUAGAACAAAACGAAUCUGGAGGAAGUGAUUCUGACGGUAUCAACGACAAUGUUGUAGGCAAUGUGAGUAAAUUGUCAGUUAUACCUUCUGGGUAUGCUGGAAAAUUACAAAGAGGUCAUCUUAUCUUUGAUGCAUGUUUCGAAAGCGGAAAUCUCGGAAAGGUUGAGUACGUCAGUGAAUAUGAGUAUGAUUUAUUCAUACGUCCGGAUACAUGCAAUGCACGAUUCAGAGUAUGGUUUAACUUCACAGUAGAAAACACCAAAUAUGAACAGAGAGUAAUUUUCAAUGUAGUAAAUUUUAGCAAGACAAAGUCUUUGUAUCGAGAAGGUAUGUCCCCAGUUGUUAAAUCAUCUAGCCGUCCUUCCUGGUAA